GUUUGGGUUUGAAAUAUGCUAUCAGUUGUGUUUGGAAGGACUUCUUCAGUGUAUCAUCCAGAUGAAACAAUCACUGGAGAUGUAGUGCUUAAUAUACCGACACAGUGCACAAUUCUUGAUCUCACAAUAAAUUUUUGUGGUGUCUCUUCACUUAGCCUCAUUAUUGCUGAGGGAGAAGAUAAUAAAUGUGAGAAAUUGGAGGUGGAAGAAUCAGACAUGCAUUUGGACGUGUUUAAUCACUUACUGGAUGUUAGAAGUUAUAGAGGAGUAGAACUGGAGCCAGGAGUGUACACCUACCCUUUCAGUCUCCGUUUGCCUUCUCACCUACCCUCUUCUCACGUCAGCACCUAUGGCAACAUCACUUACUACUUACAUGUCCAUCUUCACUCAACCACAUCCACGCAGCACUUCCGCAAACCAUUCUACCUUGUCGCCCCAGUCAACAUCAACAUCUUCGAGGCCUUUCAGAGUCUUCAGAGUUCAGAGGUCACCAAGAAGUACGGUUUGUUCAACAGACCAGUGAAGUUGAAAGCUUCCGUACCUCGCUCCUGUUACGUCCCUGGAGAUGUGGUUUCAGUUGUCGUUGAGGUCAGCAAUGGGACCAGCAAAACACUGGAGUAUCUGUUUUGUACUUUGAAGCAGGUCACUACAGUGUUUGCACAUCUGGACGACAAGACAGUGAGCCGAGUUACCAAGCAGUGUUUGAAGACUGAAGCCCUCAAGACAACACGCAGUAACAGACACCACAGCUGGGUUUGUCAAAUGUCUACUUCUCCCUCCCUUACUCCCACUAUAGCCAACUCAUCUCUUGUACUGGUCACAUACUGCAUACAGGUUUCCGGGAAGCUGACUGGUGUUCCUGUCCCACCUGGAGUGGAGAUUCCGAUAGUUUUUGGAACGAGAACUCCAGUGCAGCCAACAGAUCCGAUUCCACAUUCUCUCACAGCCAAUCGCAGAGUGAGUCAGCAGAAUCUAGAGUCUAAUGUCCCCCUGCGCAGACGACGCUACACUAUUCAGCCUCCGCCCAAGCCGCAAGCACCACCAAGGCGCAUCAGCCAUCAGGUAUACAGCACAGCGGCGACUCAUCGUAUCAGCAUCUCCUUGCAGCCGUUUGAAGAAGGGAAACCAGAACUUUACCAAUCUGAGGUCUGAAUUGCUUAAGAACAACAUUUUCCAUUCUUAAAUAGUAUCAUAGACAAACCAACACAAGUAGACUUCUCAACCCAUUGUUAAACUUGAAGCUUGUUUCUCGUGUCUAGUUCAUGUUCGUGACACUGAUCGCUAGUGUCGAUAAAAUUUUGUUUCUUUUAGGGUUGAUUUCAUUAUUUGUGCUUUACUAAACUGUUUGGUUACAUAAUUAGGGGACGAGUAAUUGUUUAUGACUAGAUUGUUUUAUUUGGUUAAACGAGAUUUUAAAUAAUUGAAAUAACAAAUUGUAAACAAAAACGUGAAUCCAGGAGCACCGGAUGGAAGUAACCAUGAAAUUGGCUUCAGCUGAUCCGUAAGGAUGACAAAUCUACUUAGGGAGUAAUCUAUGAUACAAGUACUUAUAAUGUUGUUUACGCACACUACACUGUUUUAAAAAACUUCCCACGCAAAGAUUUAGUCCAGAAAACAGCUGUUUGCCACUAGCUUAAUCAGGGGUUUCAUUACGUACUGCUUUAUUGAAAUGAGUUUUUACGGACAUAAGCUGAUUGUAUUUGGCAAUGACUCCAAUGAGUGGUUAUAUACUAAAACAUAACCCCUCUUGAGGUUAU